AUGGAGCUCUCAAUCACACAACCUGAUGAUUGGCAUCUUCAUCUUCGUGAUGGUGAACUUCUUGACGCUAUAGUCUCUCACAGUUCAAAUAACUUUGGAAGGGCCAUAAUCAUGCCUAAUCUAAAACCUCCUGUCACCAAAACAUCUGAAGCCAUGGCAUAUCGGGAGUCUAUUUUGAAGGCAUUACCAGAAUCUAGUAACUUCAUUCCUCUGAUGACUCUUUAUUUGACUGACACAACGACGCCUCACGAGAUCAGACUGGCAAGGGAGAGUGGGGUUGUAUAUGCUGUGAAGUUGUAUCCUGCUGGUGCUACUACAAAUUCCCAACAUGGUGUAACAGAUCUAUUUGGGAAGUGUUUACCUGUACUCGAAGAAAUGGUUCAGCAAAACAUGCCUUUGCUUGUCCAUGGAGAGGUUACAAGUCCUGAUGUUGAUGUAUUUGACCGAGAAAAGUUGUUUAUUGACGAAGUUCUCAGUCCCUUAAUACGAAAGUUUCCACGAUUGAAGGUUGUGAUGGAGCAUAUUACUACUACAGAUGCUGUGAAGUUUGUCGAGUCUUGUUAUGAUGGAUUUGUUGCAGCAACUGUCACACCGCAGCAUAUUGCUCUUAACAGAAAUUCCCUUUUCCAAGGAGGACUGCAACCUCACAGUUACUGCCUGCCUGUUCUUAAGAGGGAGACUCACAGACGGACACUUGUUUCAGCUGUGACGAGUGGAAGUAAAAAAUUCUUUCUUGGAACUGAUAGUGCUCCUCAUGAGAGAAGAAAAAAGGAGAGCUCUUGCGGAUGUGCUGGUAUUUAUAAUGCACCCGUAGCCUUGUCAGUAUAUGCAAAGAUUUUUGACGAGGUAAUUUCUGUGAAAAUCUCCUGUUUUCUCUUACAGUCAUCUUUAAUUCUUGACGUAAUUAAAUGA